AUGGAAUGGACGGCUGUCCCGCGUGCAGGCUACCAGAUCCAUCCAAUCCCAGCCGUCAGUAUCCGUCGGCCGCUCCUCACCACCCUCUCCAACCUCCUCGUACCGUUCCGUUUCCUCCGCGCGUUCUGCCUCUGCGUGCUCUUAAUCUGGAAAUUAAAGCCCGACGUAGUGGUCGGCACAGGAGGGUACGUGUCCGCGCCGACUUGCCUAUCAGCCGCGAUCUGUCGCGUACCUCUCGUGUUACAGGAGCAGAACGCAUUCGCGGGGAUCGCCAACCGCCUGCUCGCCCGCUUCGCCAGAAUCGUUUUCGUCGCCUUCGCCGUCGCCCAGAGGUUCUUUCCAACCGCGCGCUGCCACGUGGCAGGGAACCCCACGCGCGCGGUGCUGCGAUCUGUGAGGGAAAUGCGGGAAGAGAAGCGGGAAGAAGCGAUUAAUUACUUCUUCCCACGUGUCGCAGCUGACGCUGCUGGGGCAACAGAAGGAGUAGCAGGAGGAGCAGCAGGAGGAGGAGCAGCAGGAGGAGCAGCAGGAGGAGCAGCAGGAGGAGCAGCAGGAGGAGCAGCAGCAGGAGGAGCAGCAGGAGCAGCCGGGCAGAGAGCACAGGUGGUGCUGGUGCUGGGGGGCUCGCUGGGAGCACAACCCAUCAACACAGCCGUCGCAGGCGCGCUGCAGCGGCUGCUAGAUGGGCCCAGUGGUGUGGAGUGCGGUGCUGAGAGGCUGGACGGUGUGCAGAAUGGUGGGGAGGAGGGAGAGAGGGGCGGGCGCAGGGAGGUGCUGGUGAUAUGGCAGGCGGGCGCACGGCAUGUGGAGGAGAUGAGAGCUCUCCCCAUCGUUGCACAUCCCCGCGUCUCCCUCUUGCCGUGA